AUGACCAUUCCUACUCAUGUUUGCCUUCCAAGUCUAAAGAGUCUCCAUUGUAGUGGUGUAGACUUUAUCGAUAAUGAUUUUUUUCAAAGGCUUUUGUUUAGGUGCCUUGUGCUUGAGGAGUUGUUAAUACACUCUUUUAAUAAUUUUCACAAUCUAAGAGAGUUACAUAUUUCUAAACCUUUGCAAAAGAGAUUGACUUUAGAGCAUCAGGAUGAUACCUCAUAUCAACCUCUUCAUGUUGGUACUGAUGCCCCAAGUCUUGUCUACAUCAAAUACACUAGUAGUAUAGGAUCUAUUAGAGCUUUAUUCUGGCAUCAACUUGAAAAUAUACCUUCUUGUCUCUUCUUAACCCUUAAGGAUGUUGGAGAACACAUUGAGAUUAUCAGGAAACUACUGAUGCUGCCAAGGCAAUCAAAGAUAUGCCAAGUGGAAUUCAUUACCAGAUUCAUACCAUGA